CGAGGCCGGGCUCGAGCGGCAGCCAUCGGAUCCCGGCCUUGCUCGCGUUACAUGGACGGGCACAGGAUGCUGGCGGGUCAUCGAGGAUCGAUCGACGCAGAACCUCCGCGAAGACCGUCGCAGAGGGGGUCGUUCAGCAGAGGGAGCCCCAGCCGCUGGGCGGCGCGGUCAUCGAGGCCCACGCUCCCGGGGCUCAAGGCCGAGUCGUCGGUGCAGGAGUCGUUGAACGAGUUCCGGAAGGUCCUCGACAGGGAGCUCAAGGCGCUGGAGGGCCGCCUGCAGCAGUGCGCGCCGCCGGCGGCUGCUGCCGAGGCGGGCGGCACGACGCCCGGGACGCCGACGCACGUGGCGAGCGGCGGCUCGCUGGCGGAGGCGGAGGUGGAGGUCCCGAAGCCAGCGCCCACCCGGAGUGAGACGUGCGACACGCUGCUGACGCUCCCAGGGAACGUGCCCGCGAAGUUGCAGCCGCAGACGCUGGCGCCGCAGCGGGUUCCCCAGCGCUCGUCCCUGCGAAUGCCGUCCCCCCGCCUCGAGAGCAUCGACCUCGACCAAGGAGGCGACACCCCGAGCGCCCGCACGUCCCGCAAGGUGGUGUGCUUCGCGCCCGCCGCGCCGCCCCCGGGGGACGCGCCGCUCACCGCCGAGAAGUCGGCGUGGUCGAGGUUCGAGGACAGCCCCGACAAGGUGGACUCCCCCGUGGAGUCGGUGACCGGCCUCGAGGCGACGGCGCCCUCCCCUGUUCAGGACAGCGAGUGCCGCGACGCCAUCUCGAAGUCGGUCCCGGUGGCCAUCAUGAGCACGAACCGCGGCGCGGGGUCGGUGCUUUCCGACGACGACUCCCCCAUGAGGCGCCAGGGCGAGAGGCCGGAGAUCAAGCGGAGCUUCACGGCGGGGAGUUACACAGGCCAGCGCCUGCUGGUGCCGGGCGCCCCGUCCUUCGAGAUUCCGAUGAACAACUUCAAGGCGCCCUUGCAGGGCACAGCGGCGGACCAGGGUGGCGCCGCCGUGAGGAGUUCCGUCAACAGCGUGAUGUCGCAGAGCACCGCGCCGCUGGAGCUUCGGGACGCCUGGGUCUACAAGGGGUCCAAGCGGGCCGCCCAGCACCACUGCAGGAACGUGUGGCUGCGCAGGGACAGCACCUACUCGCAGAGCAGGGGCGGCGGCAAGCGCCGGGCCAUGCUGUCCAAGCUGGGCCUGGGCUUCGAGCACACGAUGAUUUUCACCGGGAUCAACCACAGCGGCUGGAUGGACUGUAAGAGAACCUGUGGCAAGCUUAACAAGAGGACGAUUCUUCAUCCGCAGUCUUCGAAGAAGCUCGUGUGGGAUCUGCUUGGGGUCCUCGCCGUCGCUGUGGACUUGAUCUUCACACCACUGCUAUUCUUCGAUUUGAAAGAAACUGUGGUGUUGAAUGUCCUCAACUGGCUGGUCAAUGCUUUUUGGACGUGCGAUAUAUUUGUGACCUUUCGUACGGGCUUCCUCAAAGAGGCCAAGGUCGUACUGGAUCCUCGUUUGAUCGCAUGGCAGUACGCGACUGGGUGGCUGUGCUUUGACAUGCUGGUCCUACUCCCAGAAUGGAUGACCGUUUUGAGCGGAGAUUCUUCGCCCUCGGGGAGCGUGUCUGUGUUGCGGCUAGCCAAAUUGUCCAGGCUCAUGAGGUUAGCCCGGCUGGUGAAAAUUAAGAAGUUGAUUUACGCUUUGCAGCUCAGAGUCAAUUCGAAUCGAGUCAUGCAUUUUCUUCGCGUGGCCAUGAUGAUUUUGGGCGUCUUGGCAACCUCGCACGUCAUCGCUGGCUUGUGGUGGUGGAUCGGAAGCGACAACAACGGUUGGCCGACAUCUUCUCUUCUCGAUGGCAGUUUAACUGACAAGUACUUCGCGUCGCUGCACUGGGGAAUCACGCAGCUACACGGAUCGAUGCACAUCUCAGCCACGAACACAAUGGAACACAUUUUCAGUGCAGCUGUGUUGCCUAUGUGUCUUGUAAUGGUCUCUCUCAUGGUGAGUACGAUAACUACGGAUCUCCAGCAGAUGAAGGACUUCAACAAAGACGUGAUCGCUCAGAAGAUGGUGCUCUGCUCAUUCCUUGAGAGGAACAGGAUAUCACAGAAAACUUCAGCGCGCUUGAAGAUCUGGCUCGAGAAGGCCGCGCUGAACAGGCAGGAGCAGGACGAUGACCAGCGGCUCAUGGAGCUGCUCCCCAUUCACAUGCAGCAGGAACUGCUCGUGGAGAUACGCUCCCCGUCCAUCACGUGCCAUCCGUUCCUGUGCUUCAUGAAUUUGGUUUUCCCGCGCUUCAUCCGGGAGAUGGCGUUCGACGCCUUGGGCCAGGACCUGCCCCAGACUGGCGACAUCAUCUUCAGCGACACCGACGCCUGCAGCGUCAUGCGCACCGUGGUGCGAGGCGUUUUCCAGUACAGGCCGCCGAGAACGUGCCAGGACCUCAUCAAGUUCAUGCCCAAGCACAAGCAGCCUCGCCACAGCCUGUCUUCAGGGCAGCCCCGCACCAGCAGGAAUAGUUCCACGCCCAUGCGGAGCAGCUUCACGCCCUCUGAGAGGUUCAUGCCUCGCUUGAGCGCCCUGAGCAGGGGCAUCACCUGGAGCGCAUCUUUUGGCGGUGAGAAAGCAGCCGACAUCGAGAUCGACAUGACCCACGGGUGGUGGCUCAGCGAGAUCGCCCUGUGGACCCCGUGGGAGAAUGUCGGCACCCUGGAGACGAUCGAGGACGGCGUCCUGCUGCUGCUGCCGAGCGAGCGGCUUGUGGACAUGAUGCAGCGCCACAACAACCACGCCCUGCGCUCCACGUUGUGCACCUACGCGAGCUGGUUCCUCAGGACAGUCAACGAGCUGCCGCGGGUCGAGCUCUCGGACAUCUUCGUGCACCCGCAGGCCUGGCGCGAGGACGUCGCCGGGGCCGUUGGCAACGUCGGCAGGGAGUCGGAGGCCACGGAGCCCAGCAGGGACAGCGAGGCUAGCUAGGGAGAGCCAGAGAGCCGCCUCGCCCGGCGAUGGGGCAGGACGCGGGGGGCGGAGGUGGGCGGGGGCGGCG